AUGAGGUUCCUCGUCGUCGACUCCGGUCCAAUCAUCCGUGGCGCGCGGAUCGAGCAGAUGGGCGCCGAGCGGCUGGUCACCAUCCCCGAGGUGCUCUCCGAGAUUCGCGACGAGCAGGCGCGUGCGCGGCUGGCGGCGCUGCCGUGCGAGCUCGAGGUGCGUGAGCCGAGCGAGGAGGCCCUCCUCGCGAUCAAGCGCUUCGCCAAGCUGACGGGCGACCUCCCGGUCCUCUCUUCCGUCGAUCUGCGCGUCCUGGCGCUCGCGUGGAUGCUCGAGAAGCAGGAGUGCGACGGCACAGAGCACCUCCGCACAGAGCCGCUCCCACGAGGCGCCGCCGCGCAGAAGCUGCGGCUCCAGCAGCGCGCCGCGGCGGCGGCGGUGUCGAGCGAGCCGGCUCCGGCCCAGCGCGAGCUCCCGACCUUCAUCGAGUCGUCCUUUGGCAGCCGCGCCGAGAGCGGCGCGGCUCCGUGGGGCGGCGGGAAGCAGGCGCAACAAAAGCAGGGCGCGCAGCUGGCGGCGCCGAGGCCGGGCGCGGCUGAGGCUGCGCCGGUGGCGUGGGCCGAGGAGGGCGCGGCGUUGCCCGGCGGCGGUGCGGAGGAGGAGGAGGAGCUCGCGCUGCCGGACGCGGGGUGGGCGGCGGGCCUCGCGCACGAGUUGCCGCUCAGCGUCGCCGCCGCGCUGCGCCGCGUGCAGCAGCUGCGGCCGUGGGCGCAGCCGAACCCGUCUUUCCUGGAGUUCGAAGAGUCGACUCCGCUUGAGGGCGACGAGCACCCGGACUCAACAGGCGACGAGGACCCGGACCUGCCUUGGAUCACGCCCGCCAACCUGCGCAAGACGCAGGCGAGCGACGCGCGGCACGCGGGCGCGCCGAAGGAGACGACGCGUGUGGGCUGCAUCACGACCGACUACGCGAUGCAGUCCGUCCUCCUCCAGAUGGGGCUCAAGCUCCUCUCGGUCGACGGCAUGCUCCUCCGCUCCAUCAAGCAGUGGGAGCACCGGCAGCUGGAGCUCCAGUUCUGCUCCAAGUGCGGCAACGCGUCCCUCGUCCGCCUCGCCGCCAUCGUCGACAACCGCGGCAACCAGCGGCUGCUCCCGGAAAAGGGGGCGCCGGCGCGCGUGCGCUCGACAAACAUCCGCGGCACCAAGUACGCGAUGCCGAUGCCCAAGGCGGGCCGCCACGCCAACAACCUUGUUCUCGCCGAGGACCAGCUCCUCGAGGCGCAGGAGAAGUCGCGCAAGCAGGGCCGCAAGAAGGGGCACGACGUCUUCGACCCCGACUACGACGUGGACGCCCACUUUGGCCGCGCCGGCAAGAAGGGCGCCGCCUCGCGCGUCAACGUCAAGGUGGGGUACGGCAAGAAGAACCCGAACGACGUGCGCUCGCGACCCAAGCGCACGUAA